AUGCACUCUCCUAUGGAUACCAGCAAAUUUCCCGACUCACCUAUCCUCAUGGAAAGGCGCAAGACAGCUACCACAGAUGCCGCCGUAGCCACAGACAGCGUUACAUGCCAGGCAAAACGGAUGGAUCGUAAGCCGUGGACGGCCCUAUCUGAGAGAGUGGAGUCCAUCGCUGGAAUGAUUUGCUCUACCCAAUGCCGCCAGAUUGAAGAAUUCGCAUCGUUGAGGUCUCUCAUCCAUGUCCUCGAGAUUCGUGAAGACCGAAUCCAGGAAAGGAUGAAGCAACUCGAAGAGCAGUGUGAAGUGUUAGAAAGGAUCUGCAAUGAACUGGCCAGGAAGACAUCUUUAUUCUUUGUAGAGAAUACCGAGCGGAUUGAGGUGGUUGAAGAUGCAAUUGGUCUCCCGGUGCUCGGUAGGAAGGUGCCAUCCAUUAACCUUCCAUAA